AUGUUGGGUAAAGGAGAAAAACGUAAGUUUGAUGAGCAUGAAGAUGGGCUGGAAGGCAAAAUCAUGUCUCCCUCCGAUGGUCCAUCCAAGGUGUCUUACACCUUACAGCGCCAGACUAUCUUCAACAUUUCCCUUAUGAAACUCUAUAACCACAGGCCCCUCACCGAGCCCAGCUUGCAAAAGACCGUUCUGAUCAACAACAUGUUGCGGCGGAUCCAGGAGGAGCUCAAGCAGGAAGGCAGCCUGAGGCCGGUGUUCGCCGCCGCCGCCGCCGCCGCCGCCGCCUCGCCCCCGCCCGACUCGCUGAGCGACAGCUACCGGGAGGCGCCGCCCGCCCUCAGCGCCCCCGCGCCGCCGCCGCCGCCGCCUCCGCCGCCCGCGCUCGCCGGCGACCUCGGAAGCACUACGCCCCUGGAGGUCUGCCUCACGCCCGCCUCGCUGCUCGAGGACCACGACGACGACACGUUUUGCACUUCCCCGGCCGCGCCGCCCGCGGCUCCUGCCAGACCCUCGGCUCCAGCGUCGCCGCCGGAGAAGGACAGCUUCUCCUCCGCCCUGGACGAGAUCGAGGAGCUCUGUCCCACAUCUACCUCCCCAGGGGCCGCAGCGGCAGCGCCCGACGGCUCCAGGGCGGGCUCCGGCGCGCCAGGCGUCCCGAGGCCCGACGACCCGAAGCUGAUGGACUCUCUGCCCGGGAACUUCGAAAUCACGACGUCCACGGGCUUUCUGACGGACUUGACCCUGGACGACAUCCUGUUUGCCGACAUCGACACGUCCAUGUAUGACUUCGACCCCUGCACGUCCGCGUCGGGGACGGCCUCCAAGAUGGCCCCGGUGUCGGCCGACGACCUCCUUAAGACUCUGGCCCCGUACAGCAGUCAGCCGGUGGCCCCGAGUCAGCCUUUCAAAAUGGACCUCACCGAGCUGGACCACAUCAUGGAGGUGCUGGUCGGCUCCUAAGAGCCCCGGACCGGUGCCUGCGCCGCCCAGACCCUGCGAGUGUCCCCGCACCCCACAGCUCUCCGCACUGUGCAUGCACCCUUGCUUGCCUUUUUCCGAGAAAAAGAUCGUUUUACACAAGGAUCACACUAGUUUUCGCUUUGAGCAGAGUUGGAGUGCCUUCAUCCACGUAUGACCACUUUUAAUAUGCUUUUUUGAGUGGUUCUCAGAGACCUACUGCCCUGGAAUAGGAAAGAAUACAUUGGAAGACAAUGUUGCUAUGCUGAAUGACAAAAAUAAACAGUUCAAGUGAAGCACAAGGAAUAAGUUGGAAAAGCUGUAAAUUGCAUGUGCAUAUUUGUCUAUUUUUUCUAUAAGUUUUAUUGCAAGAGGUAAAAAGAGAAAAUAUAUAUAUAUAUUAUUUAGAUAAUCUCAGUACCUUUUCUGGCAUUUUCGCCCUGUAUAGGUUGACUUGGCAAUUCAGCCUUUUUAGAGGCAUUAACUACUCCUCCUAAGUGUUGCAUUUACAUGGCUGUUUAGAAACUGCUGCCCAAAUUUAUUUUAUAUUUUUGUAC